GACUGUAGUGGCACUCCCAUGGCCUUGAGAGCAUAUCCAUAUCUUUUUGAGAUGGAUGCAGUCAAAUGCUUUGCUAUGGGCCACAAAACACAUGCUGAUUUUGUUUUAGAAUCCCUUGAUAGGCCCCAUUAGCAGUUGUAGGUUUGCAAUGUGGUCUCAGUCUAGGGCCUCUGUCUUUCCUGACCCAUUGCAUACAAACAUUUUAAAAAUGUGAUUGCAAAACCAUGUAUGUCCACUAAACCUAAAGUGCAGGACCUACAUGAAUUCACCCUUCACAAUGAGGAAAUUGAAAUAGUUAGAUUUCUCCUACCUUGGAUCGAAUAUUGAUCAGAAUGGAGACUGCAGAAACAAGAAAUAAGAAGACUAGGAAUGCCUGCCUCAUUGAGAAAUGAUGUCCUAUCCUGAGAAUCAAUCAGAGAAGACUAUCUGUGGAGGCUUUCAUGAUCAAGAGCAGAAUAAAAGUGUUGCUUGUAUGGAAGACCAAGUUGGGGGGAACCUGUGGGACAUCUUUGAGCUCCUGCAGAUUGAUGUGGAUUGUGAAAGCUCAAGGGACCAAGUUGCAUCAAACAAGGAUUUGUGUUCGAGAAAUGUUUUGAGGAAGCAGAGGCACUGGGAGAAGAUUGUUUCAGCAAAGAAGAGCAAAAGAAAACUUGAGAGAGAAAGGCGGAAAGCUAAGCAUGCAGAAGAAAAAGAUUCUGCUCCUCAGUUCAGCAAGCGGGAACUAAAAGUAAUUGCAAAAGAACACCUUCUCAAUGCCAAAGAAACAGGCCCUUGGCUGUGCAUUGAUUUGAGCAUGACCAGUCACAUGACUAAGAAGGAAAUAAGCCGACUUGCCACCCAGAUAAGGCGGCUCUAUGGGUCGAACAAGAAAUCUCAGAGGCCCUUUUGGCUGUACCUCACUGGAUUUGUAGAAAACAGCCCAAUUUCUGAAGCAUGUCUAAGGAUGAAUGAUGGAUUUGCUAACUAUCUUAUGGAUGUUACUCCUGAAACCUAUCUGGAUCUGUUUCCUUUAGAAACAAUUGUUUACCUCACUCCAGAUGCUGAGAAUGCUCUUGAAGAGGUGGAUCCACAAAAAGUAUAUAUCCUUGGAGGGUUGGUGGAUGAAAGCAUUCAAAAGAGACUUACUUUGCACAAAGCUCAAGAAGAACAUCUGCAGACAGCACGACUGCCAAUUCAAGAAUACAUGGUAAAGAACAUCAAUGCAAAAAACUACCAUUCCACAACAUUAGCAAUCAACCAAGUAUUUGAUGCCUUGUCGGUUUUCUACGUGACCAAGAGCUGGGAAAAAGCCCUCAAAGCUGCAGUUUCUCCUGGAAAAGGCUAUAUCCUUCGAGAUGCAACCCUCUGACAGAAGGAAGUUGCAGGCAAAUAUGAGAGAAAGUGGUGAUGAACGUUUUGUUUUCAGUAAUCCAUGGUCACUGAACCAUUCUUCACAUCCACUUGGAAAAGGCUGGGACCAAUUCAAUUUCUUGUUCUUCUUAUUAGAUGAAGAAGUUAAGUUUAUGAGAUGGAGAAAUAAAGAUAUUUUAGUUGAGAAGCGUGAGAUAU